UGCAGGCACCAUGUGGAUGCUCGAGCCCUCGGCAUUCGCUGGGAAGCUGCUGAGCGCGCUCAGGCUGCCCCUGGGCUCCCUGUGGAAGAGCCUGGUCCCUCUGCUCUGCUGGCUCAGGGCAGCAUUUGGGCUGCCAGGCACCGAGAGGAGACAGCAGCUGCAGGUCCAGAGAGAGCCAGGAGAGCCCACAGAGGGGGAGGAAGGGGACAUCCCUGCGGCCACCACCCCCACCAGCGUCAACUACCACUUCACUCGCCAGUGCAAUUACAAGUGCGGGUUCUGCUUCCACACGGCCAAAACGUCCUUCGUGCUGCCCCUCCAGGAGGCCAAGAGAGGACUCCUUUUGCUUAAGGAGGCUGGAAUGGAGAAGAUCAACUUUUCGGGCGGAGAGCCGUUCAUUCACGACCGGGGAGAGUACCUGGGCAAGCUGGUGAGAUUCUGCAAGGAGGAGCUGCAGCUGCCGAGCGUCAGCAUCGUGAGCAACGGCAGCCUGAUCCGGGAGCGCUGGUUCCAGAGCUACGGUGAAUUCCUGGACAUUCUGGCCAUCUCCUGCGACAGCUUUGAUGAGUCCGUUAACGUCCUCAUUGGCCGUGGCCAAGCGAAGAAGAACCAUGUGGAGAAUCUGCAGAAACUGAGAGCGUGGUGCAGGGACUACAGAGUCGCUUUCAAGAUCAAUUCUGUCAUUAACCGAUUCAACGUGGACGAGGACAUGAACGAGGAGAUUAAAGCACUAAACCCCGUCCGCUGGAAAGUGUUCCAGUGCCUCUUAAUCGAGGGUGAGAAUUCGGGGGAAGACGCUUUAAGAGAAGCAGGAAGAUUUGUUAUUAGCGAUGAAGAAUUUGAAGGAUUCCUGGAGCGCCACAAAGGAGUGUCCUGUUUGGUGCCUGAAUCUAACCAGAAGAUGAAAGACUCCUACCUCAUUCUGGAUGAAUAUAUGCGCUUCCUGAACUGCAGAAAUGGACGGAAAGAACCUUCCAAGUCCAUCCUGGAUGUUGGAGUAGAGGAAGCCAUAAAAUUCAGUGGAUUUGACGAAAAGAUGUUUCUGAAGCGAGGAGGAAAAUACGUGUGGAGCAAGGCAGACCUGAAGCUGGAUUGGUAAAGCUGAAAUGGAAGAAGACGUCAACCCACCAGCAGGGAAAAGAGACUCCCAGUGUGGCCUGAGACUGUCAGCAACGCAACUGCGCUGGUAUUUAUUUCUCCAUGGCUGAAAAUCUGAUUUCCACUGCACGUGACAUCUGAUUAUCUGUGGUCACAGAACACACAAAUAACUUGGAUAAAUGAAAUCCACAGACAGUGGAAAACCAUUGUGUUUACUUAAUUGAUCUAUUAUCUCAGUGUUAUUGAAAAAGGACUUCUUUCUUUGAAUUUGAUUUAGCUAAAAAGCUUAGAUAAGCCAUCUAUACAUAGGAUCUCAAAUCGAGUUCAAAGAUGUGUUUGUAAGAAAUAGCUCCAGGGAUAUCUUUGAAAGCAAUGUUUAGUUUGGAUUAAAAUGUUUUAAGCAAUGUUUUUCUGUCACUCUUAUAUAUCAGUUUGGAAGCUAUUUUAUUUUUCACCUAAUUUUGUUUAUUUGACCUACUCAACAUUUUCUGCUAAUUACCCAGUUCUUACAUCUGGGAAUGUUACAAAAUAUCUCCCCGAAUUAUUUCUGCCGAUUGUGAUGCUUUUUAUUCUUCUAGCCUCGCACCAUUGCAACUUGGACUUUUUACCCAGAAGUAUAGAAAUAGUCAACAGAUGUUUUCAAGAACAAUAAGUGACUAUCUUACCAGUUUUCAGUGACUACCUGGAAGGAGAUAAUAAUUCCCAUAAAGGCAGGGUGGUACUGCCCAGCACACAGCAGCUAUUUGUUGAAUUUUAAUUAUUGUUAAAUAAUAAUAUAUUUUUGUUGCAGACCUUUCUCUUCAGUGAUUCUUAGCAAAACCAAGAGACACUCCACUUUGCACGAGACGGUUGAUGAGGGAGCCAAAUUACCUUGCUUUGUCCACAUAUUAUUAUUCAGGCCACGUGAGGCUGUCAAGUAAAAAUAUAAGAGCUUAAUUGAGAAGGAGGAGUCCCAUAUCGCUGGGAAGUGAGGCCGCUGGACUGGCAGGGGUGCCCCUGCCGAGGUGCUGGAAGACCCAUUCAGGAAAGAACAUGGUGAUGAGUAGAGAGUGUGCCUGAUUUAUUAAAUGAAACCAUGGGCCAACAUCAGCCAUCUCAGUUAACUCUGAGUCAACCGAAGUAAGGCACAAUCUAGGUCAGUAUGAGAAAAUCAGUGUCUGCCUUUUCUAGCUUGAGGAAAGAGAGCAUGAGGGACAGUGUCACUUAAAUUAGGUCAAGGAACAAAAUCCUAUCCUUGUGGAAAUAUUGCAUGCAUCUUGUUUACAUAAUCUAGACAGUAUCUCAUUGCCUGGAAAAAGAUAAUUUCCUAUUAUUGUUUCAAAAAUGUGACAUCAUGGAAUUUUUUUUUUUUUUUUUACCCAAGCAAAGAAAAAGUAAUUUCAAUUCAGCUGCAGUUCCAGUGCUGCUCACUAGAUGGCAUUUACAUGUUGCCAGAGUUCAUUAAGCAUAGUACAGACUUUCAGCUUAAUAAUCCAUGUGCAAGACUUGGUGAUUUUGAAAGGUUUUGCUUUUCUUUGUCAAAAGAUAAAAUUUCUAAUGAAAUGUUUCAGCUGCUGUAAUUCAACGUAAAUAUGUUUGUGUCUCAUCCAGAAUAGGAUAGGUUGCCUGAUAUUUCCCAUUUUAUGCAUUUAAUUUCUUUUACAGUAUUUUUUAGAGGAAGAUGAAUUAGAGAGGUUUUUUAUAUUUUAAUCCCCUCUGGCUCUUGAUAGUACCCUUCACAAGCUAUGAUUACCUUCACAUAAUUAGCAUAAACAAAAACAAUUUUUUUACUUAUUUAACAUGAAUUCACCUUGCUGACCCUCAAGAGAGAAUAAUUUUAGCAAAGGAGGAAAGAUCACACAGGUGAAAACA